CUUUGUGUUUGGCUGUAGUGUGUGUGCGCUGAAGAAAAGCUCCUCUCCCACUGGCUGCUAUGACCUAGCUACCGCCGGACGACACUUUCUGUUUUCAGGACUGACCGCCGCGUCUGAUAAUAGUUUUGUCGCGUUUUGGGCAAUCACACAUUCAACAUACAGUCGUUUAUGGUCGCAUUGCCGCGACUUUUUCAUCGUAGCUGCUGGCCUCUGAGGCUAGCUGGCUAGCGGAGCAGUGACAGAGUGGAGCCAGCUGGUCGGACAGGGGUACAGUAACGUUAGCAAACAAGCUAAUUAGCCCGAAAGACUCAGCCUGGAUUAACGUUAGUUAACGUUACUGUCUUUAAUAAAAGAGAGCGCAAGUCUGCGGUUUUACUCACUGCGGCAAAAUGAAGAUAACUGUGGAUUUCGAGGAAUGUUUGAAGGACUCCCCACGGUUCAGAGCCACCAUAGAGGAAGUGGAGGGGGAUGUGUGUGAAUUGGAAUCCAAGCUCGACAAAUUGGUGAAGUUGUGUAUUGGGAUGAUUGAUGCUGGAAAAGCCUACAACGCAGCCAACAAGCAGUUUGUUAAUGGAAUCCGGGAGCUAGCCCAGCAGUCCACCAAAGAUGAGGUCAUCGAGUCCAGUCUCACAAAGUUUGCUGAGAGUCUGCAGGAGAUGAUCAACUAUCACACGAUAUUAUUUGAUCAGGCCCAGAGAUCUAUCAAGACCCAGCUUCAAACAUUUGUCAAAGAUGACAUCCGUAAGUUCAAAGAAGCGAAGAAGCAAUUUGACAAAGUGAGUGAAGAAAAGGAGGCGGCACUCAUCAAGAACGCCCAGGCUCCCCGCAACAAGCAGCAUGAGGUGGAGGAGGCCACAAACAUCCUAACAGCCACGCGCAAGUGCUUCCGACACAUCGUCCUCGACUACGUCUUACAGAUCAAUGUGCUACAGUCCAAGAGAAGAUCCGAAAUCCUGAAAUCAAUGUUGUCCUUCAUGUACGCCCACCUGACAUUCUUCCACCAAGGAUAUGACCUCUUCAGUGAACUACAACCUCUAAUGAAACUGCUUGGAGGACAGUUGGACCAGCUGGUGGUGGACGCUGCCAAAGAGAAGAGAGACAUGGAGCAGAAACACUCCACCAUCCAGCAAAAGGCUGCUCUGCAGGACUUCUCGAAUGACGACACCAAGCUGGAAUACAAUGUUGAUGCAGAUAACGGUAUCGCCAUGGAGGGUUAUCUCUUUAAGAGGGCCAGCAAUGCCUUCAAGACGUGGAAUAGGCGUUGGUUCUCCAUCCAGAACAAUCAGCUAGUUUACCAGAAGAAAUUUAAGGACAACCCUACAGUGGUGGUAGAGGACCUGAGACUAUGUACAGUCAAACACUGUGAGGAUAUAGAGCGUCGUUUCUGUUUCGAAGUGGUGUCACCAACCAAGAGCUGUAUGAUGCAAGCAGACUCAGAGAAGCUGCGACAGGCCUGGAUCAAAGCUGUCCAGAACAGCAUUGCCACCGCCUUCCGCGACAAGGGAGAAGAGGGCGAGAAGCUUGAUAGGAGGUCGUCCACAUCGACAGGGAGCCUGGACUCUAGUGGGGAGCCGAAGGAGAGAUCACUGAAAGGAGAGAGUGCCCUGCAGAAGGUCCUGGCAAUCCCAGGCAACACCUGCUGCUGCGACUGUGGCCAGCCAGACCCCCGCUGGGCCAGCAUCAAUCUGGGCAUUACCCUCUGCAUACAGUGCUCUGGUAUCCACAGGAGUCUGGGAGUGCAUUUCUCUAAGGUUCGGUCUUUGACUUUGGAUACAUGGGAGCCAGAACUACUAAAGUUGAUGUGUGAACUGGGAAAUGGAGUGAUUAACCAGAUCUAUGAGGCUAGGCGAGAGGAGCUCGGAGCCAGAAAACCACAGCCAGGAGAUCCAAGACACGAGGUGGAGGCCUACAUCAAAGCCAAAUACGUGGACCGCCGGUUUGUACGCCGGCCAUCAGACGAGGAGCUUCGCAGCAAAGUAGUUGCUCUGAGCAAGCAGGAGAAGAGGCUGAGCAGCAGCUCUGAGCAUCUGCCCCCAAGAGCGCCACCACCCACCCCAAAACUCAGACCCGGUUCAAAUGUCUCUGGACAGUCAGUAAAAAGUGCAGACAGCGGCAUCCAGAACAGCGCUGAUGGGAGCAGGGAGAUGCUGGCCAACACCCCCUCCAAUAACAGCCUGACAGAUGCAGAUGCUGCUGAGUCUCCACCCAUGGCCAUGCCAGCUACUCUGCCUCCUCCAUCCCCUUGUAAGGAGAUGGUUUUCUACGAGCCUAAGGAGUACAGCCCGGGUCUGCAGCUCUACUGGGCCUCAUGUGCUCGCAGCCUGCCGGACAUGGCGGAGGCACUGGCCCACGGAGCCGAGGUCAACUGGGUCAACACGGAGGACGACAAGAGGACGCCGCUCAUCAUGGCGGUACAGGGGGGUUCGCUGGUCACCUGUGAGUUUCUGCUUCAAAAUGCAGCAAAUGUGAACCAGCAGGAUGCUCAGGGCCGAGGACCCCUCCACCACGCCACCAUGAUGGGACACACAGGGCAAGUGUGUUUAUUCUUGAAAAGAGGAGCAAAUCAAAAUGCUGCAGACAUUGACGAGAAAACCCCCCUGACAAUAGCAGUGGAGGCAGCCAAUGCAGACAUCGUCACACUGUUGCGACUGGCCAAAAUGAACGAGGAGAUGCGAGAGGCGGAAGGGCCCUACAGCCAGUCAGGAGAUGAAACCUACCAGGACAUCUUCCAGGAUUUCACCCACAUGGCCUCCAACGACCCAGACAAGCUGAACCGCUACCAGCAGUAUGAUCACCAAAAACCCUGACACGAGCAACACCGUCCACUAGCACUUAAAGACACUGUGUAGUCAACCCUGGAGAGACAAAACGACGUCUGGAAAGACGCUGUCCACUUUCCCUUCAACACCAUUAAAGCCAGUUAGUACCGCCACAGCUGGACUCACGUCACUAUAUCCAACGUGGCUGAAGCUCCCUUUCAUUAAAUUGUAUUAAUUUGACUUGCAGCUGCGAUCACAGCCCUUGUUGAAAACUACAGGCAUUUCACUCAAGUGAAGGGGGUACUUCUCUCAACCGCAAACCUCACUCUUUUUUUUCAAAGAAAGUGGGAUAUAUAACAAUAAAUGAAUGGUACAGUGUUGAAAGGAUUUUAAAAAAUCCUAAAAAAAAAUCUAAUGAUAAUGGAACUCGGUCUGAAUGUAGAGCUGCCAUCAAGGCCGUUAGUUAUUUUGAUUCAAUUUUUUGUCACACUUCCUGACAGAAGAAAUUUAAAGACAAUUUCCUUUUUCUUUUUUUAUAUAUUAAAAAAGAAGUGUGCUGCAUCAGAGCUGUGAAGCGAUAAGUGCAUGAUAGGUUGUUAAGUGCUUCCUCUUUUCAAUAGGAUUCUCGCUAUAAGCAUAGGCAAAUGCUACAGGAUCUUUUUUACCUUUUUUUGUAUCAAAGUUUUGCUUUUAAUGAACUCAGCAGCGUAUACACGACAAUAUGCUUUUACUUAUUUGCACAAAUCUCUUUGUCUUAAAUCGCCACUGAUGUUUACCAGUUUUGAUGGUAAGUCUUUGACAUGUUAAACAAUGCACAGUGAUUGUGGAAGUUAACAUGUUAAUUGAUGCAUUUGUAAUGUUAAAUAUAUCAUAGUUUUUUGUUUUUUUAAAUAUUAGUUAUAUUUGAACAUGUUCCUGUGAAUGAUUUUUCCAUAUUGUCACCACAUCAGUACCUGCAGUACGAGUCUGCGUCAUGAUUUUGUGGAAUUAAAAUGGCUUCAGUCCUGUUGAAGUUAUUGUUAAUUUGUAGAUUGAGUCUCUUGCUGAGAUGAGGUAAAAAAGUUAAGAUGUAGAGUUAAAGAGCUCUACAAUAUUAUGGACCUACUAGAGUAUAUGUGGUCAUUUCAUUCCUGUUGAUUCUAGAAAUGCCAGUAACACUGUAUUUUUAGAGGUUUGUAAUUUCCUAAUAAUUUCAUAGGAAGUUGGUAAUUUGGUAUUAAUUCUAGAGAAUGUAGGAUUUUCCCUGAAAGAACAGCUCCAUUAAACCAAAGUUAGUGUUCAGUUAAUAUUGGAAACUUAGUUAAAAUCCUGAAACAUUAAAAUCUUAUCUGCUGACAAACGCCCCUUUCAGCGCUAACAUCAUCAAAAACUUAACUACAAACAGUAAAGCUGGAUUCCCUUGUGUGUCUGGAAGGUCAUUUAAAUCCUGUUUCCCAAUAAUUAGUAGCAAAUGACAUAGAACUUUAAAGGAAAUUAUUAGGAAAUGAUGGGCCUGGAAAGCAUUACAGAAAUACUGUGCAUACAGUCUGCAAAAUGUCCAGGAGACAUUACACUUCAUUUCAUGUGUUGAAUUAAGUAUUAAAGAUUAAUUUAGACAUCAUCAGGUGACUUCACUGAAAUGUUCAAGUCCAGAAAUCAGAUUUCAUGAUAUAUGAUAAAUAUACUGUUCUGUGAUUUUUAUCUUUUUUUUUAAAAACUGUAAAAUCUUUACUUCUAUAUGAUACCUAGUAAGAUAUUAUAUGAAGCGCAGAAGAAACCUUUGGCCAAGGCAACAUGGGAUACAAUUCUUGUACAUUUUGUACAGAUGCUUUUGAAUUCUCCAGAGAAGUAUAAAGUUAGUGGUACUUGAAUCAUUAAAUAAGCUUUUGUAUAUGCUUUGUAUCCUUUGGUAAUUUUAGCCCGUUUUAUAUUGCCUGUCUGUACACCAGUAUACAUGUACUGUAUAUUCUACCUGUAAUGUGUAAGAUCUUCAAUACAUAUGGACUGAGGAUUCAUCAA